AUGGAUGAGAGUAGUGGUGAACCCGAAGUACAUGUGGUGUCAGAAGUAGAAGAGAGUGUCGAAAACCAACACAAAGACACAGAAGAAGUGGAAGGACUUGAAGAUCGCAACCAUUUGGAGACAAUUGAAGAGCCGAUCGAUAGACAAGAGAUGCAGACAUUGGAUGAUGUGAUCAAUGGGUCGGACAUUGGAGUCGAAGAUUCAGCCGUUGUAUUGGAGGCACAGGAGGGCGGGUGUGGUGUCAGAGAUGGACGCAUAGAGACACCAAAACUGGAGGAAGAGGACGACAGGGAAGGCAGUGGUAAUUGUGAACCAAUUGCCAGCACUAGUGGCUCCGGUGCUCAAAAUGCCGUCAAUGAGCGCCCAUUUGUAUGCGUUUCUCCCGAUUGUGGCAAACGAUUCGCUCAUAAAACAAAUCUCAAUCGACACAAACGCCUACAUUCGGGAGAAAAGCCAUUCAAUUGCGAUGAAAAGGAUUGCGACAAAUGCUUUCCAUACAAAUAUUAUUUAAAUCAACACAAAAGUGCCGUUCAUUCAAAGGAAAAGAGAUUUCUAUGCGAUUAUAAGGGAUGCAACCAAAGAUGCGCUCUGAAGAGUGAUUUAAAUCGUCACAAACGGGUCCACUCGGGAGAGAAGCCCUACGCCUGCGAUGGCAUGAAUUGCAACAAACGAUUCGCUAAGAAAUCAACGCUAAUUCAGCAUAAAAAUGCCGUUCAUUUGAAACUUAAACCAUUUGUUUGCGAUGAAGACAAUUGCGGCAAAAAAUUUGCUCACAAAUCAAUAUUAAUUCGUCACAAACGCCUUCAUACGGGAGAAAAGUCGUACGUUUGUGACCACAAAGAUUGCGGCAAAUGUUUCACUGAUCCGUCAAAUUUUCGUCGACAUGAACGCAAACAUUUGAGAAAUAACUAA